AUGUUUCGCUUUCACAAACCGAAGGACAUUGUCACGCUCUUUCACAAGGCUAGCUCCCCGGCCUCCAUGCGCGUUGUCACGCUCCUGAAACAGGCCUCUGCUACCGCCACCGAGCAUGCGACAGAGGAUCAAGCCAGUGAUCACACUGCACAAUCAGACAGCUCACGGGCAGAGUUUGAUCUGAACAUCACCGAAGACCCGCCGACUGCCGACCAGCUCCAGACUAUCCUAGAAUACGUUGGCAAGCCGAGGAUUUCAUCUAUAGUGAAGGGCGCAACAACAGAGAAUGAGGCCCUGAAGAAGUUCAAAGAGAGUGCCGAGAACUUCCAACGGCCAGUGGUGGUUGACUGGAACAAUGGCAAGGCCACUGCCGGUGCCAACGAGUCUGAGAUCCUGAAGAUGUUGAAUGAACUUAAGAAAUAG